AUGGAAGGACUACCGCUAGAGGUGUUGUACCGCAUCUACUACCUGCUGCUGAAGCAUUGCAGAUACCCGGACGCUGCGCGGGACAUAAUCCUCGCCCCGGUAGCAAAGACACCACAGCAGCCUUGGGUAGAAUCACUUUUCAGACCAGUAUCGCUAAUAUCUGUAUUGGGGAAAAUAAUGGACAUUCUACUUGAUAGACGAUUUUGCAUAUACUUAGAAGGAUGGAGCUGGGUUGGUAGUCAAAGGCUCGCGCGUUCCAAGUCUCCUAUGUUGCCGGUCUAUUCUGUUGCUUACCGUCUUGCAUUUUUUAAGGAGCUAUGUGCAGUCAGAAUGUUGGAUUUCUUGUUCUCGGACCACUUCUUUCAAGCCGUCGGGCAAGAAGCAUGAAAAGACAUUCAUCAUCCUUAAUGAUAAUGAGGCGGGUUUCGACGUUGUCGACCACUCAACGCUCCUCAGCACGAUGGUUGAGUUCGAAGUCCCUGAUGAUCUUGCAUUAUCCGCGUUGGACUGGUUGCAUGACAGGAAACAAAAAAUAAGAGACCCUGACGCCCUGAGACCCAAACCAGUGAAACACGACGGCAGCGUGGUUUUCUUGUGUUUAGAAUGACGAAAAAUAA